AUGCAAAUUUUAAAGAUGGCGGCGGAGGGAGGAGGGAAGGAGAUGAACGAAAUUAAAACUCAGUUCACUACCCGAGAAGGUGCAUAUAAACUCCUAGCACACUCCGAAUACAGCCGUCCCAAUAGGGUGCCUUUCAAUUCACAAGGUUCUAACCCAGUUAAAGUCUCGUUUGUCAACGUCAACGACCAAUCUGGCAACGGCGACAGAAUCUGUUUCAAUGUGGGCCGGGAACUGUACUUCUACAUCUACAAAGGCGUCAGAAAGGCUGCAGACUUAAGUAAGCCAAUAGACAAGAGGAUAUACAAGGGAACGCAGCCCACCUGCCAUGACUUUAACCACCUUACUGCCACAGCUGAGAGUGUCUCUCUGCUAGUGGGCUUCUCGGCAGGACAGGUGCAGCUUAUUGACCCCAUCAAGAAGGAGACAAGCAAGCUCUUCAAUGAAGAAAGACUAAUAGAUAAAUCUAGAGUGACUUGUGUAAAAUGGGUGCCAGGCUCUGAGAGUCUCUUCCUUGUAGCUCAUUCCAGUGGAAACAUGUACUUGUAUAAUGUGGAGCAUACAUGUGGAACCACAGCCCCUCACUACCAGCUACUCAAGCAGGGUGAUAACUAUGCUGUUCACACGUGCAAGAGCAAGUCCACGCGCAACCCUCUACUCAAGUGGAUGGUAGGAGAAGGGGCAUUGAAUGAGUUUGCCUUUUCCCCCGAUGGGAAGUUUCUGGCUUGUGUAAGCCAGGAUGGCUUCCUUCGUGUGUUUAACUUUGAUGCGGUGGAGCUACAUGGGACCAUGAAAAGCUACUUUGGGGGGCUGCUUUGUGUGUGUUGGAGCCCGGACGGGAAGUACAUUGUUGCAGGUGGAGAGGACGAUUUAGUGACUGUGUGGUCAUUUGUGGAUUGUCGUGUCAUAGCCCGUGGUCACGGACACAAGUCAUGGGUGAGUGUGGUGGCAUUUGAUCACUACACCACUAGUGUGGAGGAGAGUGACCCCAUGGAGUUCAGUGGAAGUGACGAAGACUUCCAGGAACAGGUCCACUUUGGCCGUGAUCGGGCCAACAGCACGCAGUCACACCUCUCAAAGCGCAACUCCACAGACAGCAGGCCAGUUAGCGUGACUUACCGCUUUGGCUCAGUGGGGCAGGACACUCAGCUAUGCCUGUGGGACCUCACAGAGGACAUCCUGUUCCCCCACCUCCCCUUGUCUCGAACCAGAACCCAUACCAAUGUCAUGAACGCCACCAGUCCUCCAGCCACAGGAAGUGGAGGAAGCGGGAGUGGUGGCAGCGGUGGUGUAGGUGCCACUGUUAUCACGGCUGUCAACAACCCCAGCACGAACGGCAGCAACAACGGUGGGCCCAAUGCACCAGGGAACCCCCUCCCCAUGCCCCUGCCACGCUCCAACAGCUUACCGCACUCGGCAGCAGCCUCCACCGCCAAUAGCAAGAGCAGCGUGAUGGACAACGCCAUUGCCUCAGGUGUGAGCAAGUUUGCCACGCUGUCAUUGCAUGAUCGCAAAGAGCGCCACCACGAGAAGGACCACAAGCGCAACCACAGCAUGGGCCACAUCAGCAGCAAGAGCAGCGACAAGCUCAACCUGCUCGCCAAAACCAAAACGGACCCUGCCAAGACACUGGGCACACUGCUGUGCCCACGAAUGGAGGAUGUGCCCCUCCUUGAGCCGCUCAUCUGUAAAAAGAUAGCACACGAGAGACUCACUGUUCUCAUCUUUCUAGAGGACUGUAUAGUCACCGCUUGUCAGGAGGGAUUUAUUUGCACAUGGGCGAGGCCUGGCAAAGUGGGUUUAUUGUCAUCCCAAAACCAAGCCAACUCUCCCAGUGGAACAGUAGUAUAGCCACAAUCUUUCUGCUGCUAAGUACCCUGCAUCACACUGCUGUCAUGCAGAGAGCCCUGUGUUGCUCUUCACUUUUAUAGCGUUGCAUCUUUUAUUUCCCCCUUAUUCUCUCCUCUUUUUUUUUUUUUCUCCCCCCCCCCCCCUUUUCCAUUUCUUAAAUCUUUGUUUCUGGUCCCGUCACAUGGUCUACUCACACGGUGGACAUGCUAGCACUGUGCACAAAUGGAAACGUUGUGGUGCAAUGAUGAACUGUGGCCAUGGUGUCAUCAGUCUCUACUUUACUUUUUUUUUUCCUCUUUUUUUUUUUUCUUUUUUCCUUCUUUUUUUUUUAAGAGAAGUAUUUUUUUUUGUCAUUUUGUUUCUCAUAUGCAUUUCACUUUUGUUUUUACUUUUCUGAAUUUAGAACAUGGUUGUAGUGAGGAAAUCAGUUAAAGGUGGAAACCAGACAGCCUUUCAACAUGAUUAACCAAGGGGCUUCGGGCCAGAGGUUAAAACCAGGGGCAAAGUGAAUCCAAGGACUUGCUUCCACCCAGAUUCCUUUCCUAACAUUGUUCUUUCAUAUGGAAUAGAUUUUCCCCCAUUAAGAACUUUUGCACUGAUUUUAUUUUGGUUGUCUGUUUUGUAACUACUAUAAAGGAUUAAAAAAGACAAAAAAAGAAGAGAGGUUUGGGGAUGGCCUUGAUGCACUUGGCUUUAAUAUCCUCUGUCUUGAAAUUUGAAUCUGAAAAGCUGGAUGCUGCAAUCAUAGUUUUGUUUUGUUUUUUGUUUUUUAAGAAAAUUUGUUUGCACUUAAUAGUUUAUUAGAAGAGAAUGGCUUUACAUUUUUCUGUGCAAGGACUCACAGACCAGAAUAAGGUGAAAAAAUAUGAAAUGAUUAAAAAAAAUCUUUGUAUCUAUUGAGCAUUUAUUUUAAUAUUGUUUCAGAUUAAAAUCUGCUUUGUAUUAUAUGUAUAAUAUUGUAAUUUAGUGAUUAAUGGGGCAAAAGCAAAUGAUCAGUACUACUCUAGUGGAAGUUUUGUCAUCAUUAAAGGAAAUAGUGAUAUUUCUAAAGCAGAAAAAUAUACAUAUUAAUAAUAUUAAAAAAUCUUGAAUAUGCAGGUUUCUGUUAUUUUUUUUUCUCUUGUACAAAAUUCAUCCAGAUGUAUUUUGAUAUAGGCGAUAUAUGUAUCAAAAGGCUCAAAUCCUUGAGCCAAUAUGCUUAAUGUUACAAUUUACAAAAAGCAGUGUUGUGUGACAUCGGGUAGCUGAUCUUUGAAAUGAUAACAUAUGAAGCUCAGGAAGUCUGGCAGACUUUAAAAAAAAUAAAUAAAUAAAAGUCUCAAGAUACGAGUUCACAUUUUGCUUAACAGCAGCAAUGUUAUUCUGCAUAAUAAUACUAAGACACACACACUAGGAACAAAUACAGUAGAUUUGAAACUGAUCAGUAGGACCUUAUGUGACCCUAUUUACUGCUUUAAUGUACCUUAUUUUGUGACUACAAGCCUUUGUUAACACAGCUUACAGUGAAUUGACACUAACUGGGAAAGGUGAGGAUGCUACAAUGGUCAUAUUUUGUGAUUUAACAUUUUACAGUUCACAUUUUGUUCUUCAUUAAAAAAAUCCAUAUUUGGACUUCGUG